AUGCCUGCGUCCACGAAGAAAGCCGUGAAGACCAAGACUGACAACUGCAGGGAUCGCAAACGGGCAGCCUCUAUCCAAAACUGGCUCAAGAAACCGUGGGUCAAGCAGUACCUCCAGAAGGCGGCCAAAGUGCACUUGAAAAAAUACCACGACACCGUGGGAGCCUUGAGGAAGAGGCAGACGGAGCUCCACAAGGAAGUGAAGGAGAAAAAGAAGCAGAACUUCCACUUGCGCCGUGAUGUGUUCGUCCACACGCGCGCGGCCGAGAACGCCCGCAAGAACCUGGGCACCGCGAAGGACAAGAACGAGGGCUUGCGCAAGCAGCUGCGGGAGACUCAGGAGGAGUGA